GCCGCGCCCGCGCCCUCCAUGCACCACCUCCUGGAACAGUCCGCGGACAUGGCGACGGCGCUGCUGGCCGGCGAGAAGCUGCGCGAGCUGAUCCUGCCCGGCGCACAGGACGACAAGGCGGGCGCUCUCGCCGCGCUGCUGCUGCAGCUGAAGCUGGAGCUGCCGUUCGACCGCGUGGUCACCAUCGGCACCGUGCUCGUGCCCAUCCUGCUGGUCACCCUGGUCUUCACCAAGAACUUCGCAGCCCGCAUCCCCUCUCUGCCCGCAGAGGAGCCCAUUUACUGCUACACACCGCACAACUUCACCCGCGACCAGGCUCUGUACGCCCGCGGCUACUGCUGGACGGAGCUGCGGGACGCGCUGCCCGGGGUGGACGCCAGCCUGUGGCCGUCGCUGUUUGAGCACAAGCUGCUGCCCUACUCGCUGCUGGCCUUCGCGGCCAUCAUGUACGUGCCUGCGCUGGGCUGGGAGUUCCUGGCGUCCACCCGCCUCACCUCGGAGCUCAACUUCCUGCUGCAGGAGAUCGACAACUGCUACCACCGGGCAGCGGAGGGCCGCGCGCCCAAGAUCGAAAAGCAGAUCCAGUCCAAGGGGCCCGGCAUCACGGAGCGCGAGAGGCGCGAGAUCAUCGAGAACGCCGAGAAGGAGAAGAGCCCGGAGCAGAACCUGUUCGAGAAGUACCUGGAGCGCCGCGGCCGCAGCAACUUCCUGGCCAAGCUGUACCUGGCGCGGCACCUGCUCAUCCUGCUGCUCAGCGUGGCGCCCAUCUCCUACCUGUGCACCUACUACGCCACCCAGAAGCAGAACGAGUUCACCUGCGCGCUGGGCGCGUCCCCGGACGGGCCUGCGGGCGGCGGGGGCCCGGCCGUGCGCGUCAGCUGCAAGCUGCCGUCCGUGCAGCUGCAGCGCAUCGUGGCAGGCGUGGACAUCGUGCUGCUCUGCGCCAUGAACCUCAUCAUCCUCGUCAACCUCAUCCACCUCUUCAUCUUCCGCAAGAGCAACUUCAUCUUCGACAAGCUGCACAAGGUGGGCAUCAAGACGCGCCGGCAGUGGCGCCGCUCGCAGUUCUGUGAUAUCAACAUCCUGGCCAUGUUCUGCAACGAGAACCGCGACCACAUCAAGUCGCUCAACCGGCUGGACUUCAUCACCAACGAAAGCGACCUCAUGUACGACAACGUGGUGCGGCAGCUGCUGGCCGCGCUGGCCCAGUCCAACCACGACGCCACGCCCACCGUGCGCGACGCGGGCGUCCAGACCGUGGACCCCAGCGCCAACCCCGCCGAGCCCGAGGGCUCCGCCGAGCCGCCCGUGGUCAAGCGGCCCCGCAAGAAGAUGAAGUGGAUCCCCACCAGCAACCCGCUGCCCCAGCCCUUCAAGGAGCAGCUGGCCAUCAUGCGCGUGGAGAACAGCAAGGCCGAGAAGCCCAAGCCCGUGCGCCGCAAGACAGCCACGGACACGCUGAUCGCGCCGCUGCUGGACGCGGGCGCGCGCGCCGCGCACUACAAGGGCGGCCCCACCCCCGGCCCAGGCGCCGUCCCGGACAAGAAGCACGCCCGCCACUUCUCCCUGGACGUGCACCCCUACAUUCUGGGCGCCAAGAAAGCGAAGCCUGAGGCUGUGCCCGCCUCCCUGCCCGCCUCCCGGAGCCAGGAAGGGGGCUUCCUGUCCCAGGCAGAGGAGUGCGGGCUGGGCCUGGCCACAGCACCCACCAAAGAUGCUCCACUCCCUGACAAGGAAAUCCUGUACCCGGCAGAGCCAGCUCGGGCCUCGCUUCCCCCUGGGGGCCCGUUUCGCGUCUGCUCGCCUCCUGCAGCUCCCGCCACCGCCCCUCUGUCGCCAGCCAGCCUGGGCAAGGCUGACCCUCUGGCCAUCCUGAGCCGCAAUGCCACCCACCCGCUGCUGCACAUCAGCACCCUGUACGAAGGCCGAGAGGAGGAGGAUGGGGGUCCACGGGCGCCCCCGGAUGUGGGCAGCCUCAUCGCCAUCCCCCCACCCCAGCAGAUCCUCAUUGCCACCUUUGACGAGCCCAGGACAGUAGUGAGUACUGUGGAGUUCUGAGGGGACAGGGCUGCCCGGGCUGUCACAGGCCCCUCUGCAUGACCGAGGGGCACUGCUGCCCCCAGCCCCGAGUGGAUGCGGCCUCUGCUUCCCCCAGCACUGCCCGCACCCCCCAGCCUCCUGUCCGCAUGCCUUGGGGCUCAGCAUCUCUCCCACCCAGCCCCCCCCGAUGGCAUCGUCGAGGUGCUGGCUGGGCCAGGGGGUGGCUGUGACCCCAGUGGAGCCCCCGGCCAGAAAGACCCAGAAUUGCCUCCCACUCCUGCAUCCAGGCACUUGGCUGCAAGAUGAAGAGUUUAUUUUUUUAGUUGAUGUUGUGUUGGGCCUGGGACACUGGCCCGUGAGGGG